UCUUGACUAACACAAAAAUAUUUACGACUGUUUAAUAAAUGUGCUAGUGCACAGUGUUUUUAAACAUUUUUGAAAUGUUGUGCAUUUACCAUGAGUUUUCCUUUUGUCAAACUAAACAAUGCCAAUUGCUCUAUUAAUUUAACUUAAGGUUUGUGCGGAUAUUGUUUGUGUUGCUGAAGAAAACUAUGGCAUCUUUGGCUACCUACACAAUAAACAUUAACAAUUUGCGGCAAAAACGUUGUUUACGCAAAAUCUUAACAUGCAACAUCUACACAUGUGUCUGCUAUGCUUAAUUGCAUUAGCAAUAAUUUCCUAUUUCGUUCAUCAAAAACCUUCUUGGGUCACUGAUUAUAAAGGAAAGGUAGCCAACUAUAAUGAAGCACAGCCUUGGAAAACCCCCCUUUAUAUAGUGGUGGUUUGCUGCGGUCAAAGGGUCCAGGAGACCCUAGUGAUGAUCAAAUCGGCAAUUUUAUUUAACUAUGACGAGGAGUAUCUCAAAUUUGUGAUUUUCACUGAAGAUGGAAAGGAUGAGGAGUUCAGGGAAAAGCUGACAGAUUGGCGAGACAUUAAGCCAUUCACAUUUGACUUUGAGAUUUUGCCGCUAAAGUUCCCUAGUGGCAAUGAGGUCGAAUGGAAAAAUCUAUUUAAGCCCUGUGCAGCUCAACGUUUAUUUUUGCCUUCGCUGUUAACUAAUGUGGACUCUUUGCUAUAUGUCGACACGGAUAUAUUGUUUCUGUCACCGAUCUCCGAUAUUUGGCAAUUCUUUAAGAAGUUUAAUGAGACUCAAAUGUCCGCACUGACGCCCGAACAUGAGAACGAAAAUAUUGGAUGGUACAACCGCUUUGCCAGACAUCCAUUCUACGGACGACUUGGAGUUAACUCCGGCGUUAUGCUGAUGAAUCUCACACGAAUGAGGGAAAUGAAAUGGGAACAACAUAUCUUGUCUAUACAUAAGGAGUACAAGCUACGUAUUAUUUGGGGAGAUCAAGACAUAAUUAACAUACUAUUCUAUUAUCAUCCUGAUAAGCUGUACAUAAUGCCAUGCGAAUACAACUACCGUCCAGAUCACUGCAUGUAUAUGAGCAUUUGCAACAUGUCUCACGCUGGCGUCAAAGUGAUUCACGGAAACCGUGGAUACUUCCAUUCGGACAGGCAACCGCUCUUUAAGUCUAUUUACGAGGCUAUGGAGAAUUAUCAGUUGGGCUCCAAUGCCAACACCGAUUUUAUAAUGCCCUUGCAUGCAGCACUCAGAAUACCAUCCGUCAAUGACUCAAGCUGUGGAAAGAUAUCAAAUGAGAUGUUAAAAGGGGCGAAUUCAGUUAUAAGUAAUAGGUUCAGGGACGUUUAGCACUUAAAAAACAUGUUGUAAUAUAGUAUACUAGACUAUUAUUAGAAAAUUUAGCAAUAGCAUUUAUAUCGAUAUACAGAUAACUCAUAGUAUAUAAUACUUUCGUAUGUUUUAUAUAUACUCCAGUAUAUAUAUGUCGAAUUUUAGUACGAA